AAUUAGGAUCAAUAAGUAGAAAAUUGCAUGGAAUCCUUACGCUUAUUAAACUUGAUAUAAUAAGAAACUAUCGUUGAUAGCACCGGUCAUGCAAAAAAUAGAGGUAUCUCCCUCUUCUCAGUUUUCCAUAAAUGUGUCAGAUAUAAAAAAGCGAUUUCAUCUUCCAACAACUAGUUUCAGCUUUGUGGUGCAGUGCUUGAAAUAUGGAGCUAUGGAUCAUCAUUGCAACCCUUACGUUCCUACAAAACACCGCACAACCAAUAAGAGUGGACCAUCAUACCAAAUCGAAAUUCCUGAUAGUUGCCAACACCCAGGACCCAAUCAAGGACGAUACUACCCCUAAAAACGACCCAGAUGACUUCAAACACCACACCUUCAGUUCGAACAGAUCUCACCCGAGGAUCAAGAACGAUAAGAAGCACACCAUCAGCAUACCCACCCUCCAGAGCAUCAACCUGUUAAGCGUUGGGAAAAACGAAGGGCAGGCCAAAAAUAAAGGUGGUAAAUUACCAUCUUCAACGUUCGAGAUAACCCCUGCAGACUCCACGUAUUUGGGGUAUACCAUAGACAACCAUCUGUUGGAGAAUCCACCCUUGAGCAAUCCACCCAAUAAGAUCCAUUUGAAGAAGGAUCAGCACGUAUCGAAGAAACACACCAACGUCAAACUGCCAAACUUCCAGCAACAAACCCUCUACAACCCUUCCACGGAUUUCGAACCCUCCAACGUGGAGAGCACCAUCAACAGACCGAAGAUAUACGAGCACUUGGAACCUGAAAAACCAGUACACGAACAUUUCCCAUCCGACCUCAAAGAUCUCAUAGAGAAGGCUCAACGUAUGGACUUCAAGGGCAAAUCUGGCUCUCCUAGGAAACAUCGCAAUAGCGACGACAAUAACCUCGGCUAUAAAAGCGAGAAUUACGAGAUUCAAGAGUACCCAGAUCAUCAGCCUUACUUGGACCACAACAACGAGUACCACGUUUACCAUGACGCCCCGUUGAAGAAGAAGAAAAAGGAGAUCCACUACCACCAACACAAGCACCUGCACGAGCACGACCACGACCAAAAGCACGAGCACAAGCACCAAUCCGGACACCAUCACGACCACGGUCACGACCAUCACCAGAAACACAAGCACUCCCACGGUCACGAUGACGAUCACUGGCAUGACCAUCACGAGCUUGGGGAGCAUCACCACCAGUCGCAUCACGGCCACGAUCACCACUCCUCCCACGAGCACAAGCACCACCAAGACCACGACCACAAGCACGACAGCGGUCAUCAUCACGACCACGAGGAUCACCACGACCACCACGAGGACCACAAGAAUUGGCACGGUCAUAAGCAUCACAGCGAUCACGAUCAUCGUCACGGUCACGAUCAUAGGCAUAAGAGCAAGCACGGGCACGAUCAUAAGCACAGUCACAAGCACAAGCACAGCCAUCAUCAGAAGCACGGUGGGAAGUAUUGAUCAUUCGAUGCUUUAGUUUAAUAUGUGGUUGUUUUUGUUUGUUACGAAUAAAUAUAAGUUUUAUAAUUUG